UGUACAUUCAUAUCAUUUUUCUUCUCCGGCCCCAUGGAGGAAGUGAGAAAGUUGGCACGGUCACUCAGGGCUUCGCAGGACCCGGUCACUCAGUGACAGAUGGACAAUGCAAGAAUGAGCUCCUUCCUGGAAUACCCCAUCCUCAGCGGUGGCGACUCCGGGACCUGCUCAGCACGAGCCUACCCCUCCGACCAUGGAAUUACAACUUUCCAGUCGUGCGCGGUUAGUGCCAAUAGCUGUGGCGGCGACGACCGCUUCCUAGUGGGCAGGGGAGUGCAGAUCAGCCCGCCCCACCACCACCACCACCACCACCACCAUCACCACCCCCAGCCGGCCACCUACCAGACUCCUGGGAACCUGGGGGUGUCCUACUCCCACUCGAGUUGUGGUCCAAGCUACGGCGCGCAGAACUUUGGCGCGCCUUACAGCUCCUACGCAUUAAAUCAGGAAGCAGAAGUAAGUGGUGGGUACCCCACGUGCGCUCCCGCUGUUUACUCUGGAAAUCUCUCAUCUCCCAUGGUCCAGCAUCACCACCACCACCAGGGUUAUGCCGGGGGCGCGGUGGGCUCGCCUCAGUACAUUCACCACUCAUAUGGACAAGAGCAUCAGAGCCUGGCCCUGGCCACGUAUAAUAACUCCUUGUCCCCUCUCCACGCCAGCCACCAAGAAGCCUGCCGCUCCCCUGCAUCAGAGACGUCUUCUCCAGCGCAGACAUUUGACUGGAUGAAAGUCAAAAGAAACCCUCCCAAAACAGGGAAAGUUGGCGAGUACGGCUACGUGGGUCAGCCCAACGCGGUGCGGACCAACUUCACCACCAAGCAGCUCACGGAGCUGGAGAAGGAGUUUCACUUCAAUAAGUACCUGACGCGGGCCCGCAGGGUGGAGAUUGCCGCGUCCUUGCAGCUCAAUGAGACCCAGGUGAAGAUCUGGUUCCAGAACCGCCGAAUGAAGCAGAAGAAACGAGAGAAGGAGGGCCUCUUGCCCAUCUCUCCAGCCACCCCACCGGGAAGUGAGGAGAAGGCCGAGGAAUCCUCCGAGAAGUCCAGCUCCUCGCCCUGCGUUCCUUCCCCGGGGUCUGCUACCUCAGACACUCUACCUACCUCCCACUGAGGCCGCCCCAGCCCCAGACUCCACUCUUCCGGCUGGGACUUCUUUCCCAAAGCACAUUCUUAGCUUAUCUUCCUGUCCAUUUACAAUCUCUCUCUUCCUCUCUGAUCCUAUCUGGGGAACUCCUGGCCAGGAUGCUGUGUUUCCAGUGAAUUCUGGAUUAGAGACUGGUGUGGGGGCAGGGGAGUGCUAGCUCCGCAAUGCAAAUUGAGUGCCAACAUCAAUUUUCUCAAGGCCCCUAACGCCCCUACUUUUAGGAGAUUUCUUUGACAGAACCUACAGUUCCUUUCAGAUGCCCUUUGGAAAAUAGUCUCCUUUGCCAGCAGAAACAUGUCAGAGGGAGGCCUCUCAUCUUUUAUCUAACCGUGUAUUUACAGUUCUCCCCUACUCUGCCCUUAAAGUAGGACAGAGAGAGAAGAGAGUCCAGGAGCUCAUGAGGAAGAGAUGCACUAUGAGCGUGUUUACACAAUUAAUUCACCCCUUAAUUUAACUCAGUUUCAUGUGUGUGAGUCUGCUGGUUGUAAAUACUUUGUCCUGAAAGAUUUAUCUUUAUACAGAUUUUCUAGAAAUGUUUAGAUUAAGGGAUGAAAAUAGGGUGGGCAAACUCUCCAAGCUGGUACAACUUUGUAUGUGAUUAUAGGUUAAAGACUAAAAGCUCCCAGUAAAAUCAAUCAGAGGCCUCAGAGGGUCGCCUCCGUUUGUUCUUUCAGCAAGUUAAGAAAGCCUGCAGCAUAAAGGGUCAGAAACCUGGCUCCCUGGGCUGAGUCUCUCUCCAUCCCCACGCCUUUCUCCUUUCUCUGGCCACACUCUUUCAAAUUUGCGCUGGAGUAUUCAGGACCCAAACGUAUUAUUUCACACCAGCUUCUUCCCUCCACAGUUAUUGUAGCUGGAUAUGAUGUAUUUUUAGCUCAGUUGUUAAUGUGAUGGAUGGCACAAUGAAUGUAUAUUUUGUGUGAUUCGUGAAUAGUCUUUUGCAUGUCGCACAAUGUCUUGAUGUUCCCGAAGUACCACACUGAGUUUUAUCAGUUAUCCUUUGUGAUAGUUCCCAUUUCCUGUACAAUCAUGAACAGCUCCGAGAUCCCAGAAGGAUGUGAUCCAGAGCAGAGUUUACGGGUCUUAAGAUGUCUGUAAUAAAUAUAUUCAAGUUUCA